AUGUCUGAGACAGGAGCCUUCGAUACCAACGUGCUGACCCUCACCAGGUUUGUCCUGGAGGAGGGCAGGAAGGCCCACGGAACUGGUGAGCUGACAAACCUGCUCAACUCCAUCUGCACUGCUGUCAAAGCCAUUUCCACCGCUGUCAGGAAGGCUGGGAUUGCUAACCUAUAUGGCAUCGCUGGAAGCACCAAUGUGACCGGAGACCAGGUGAAGAAGCUGGACGUCCUGUCCAAUGACCUGGUCGUCAACAUGAUCAAGUCCUCCUUCACCUCCUGUGUUCUGGUCUCUGAGGAAGAUGAGAAGGCCAUCAUCGUGGAGCCAGACAAGAGAGGAAAAUACAUUGUGUGCUUUGAUCCACUGGAUGGUUCCUCCAACAUCGACUGUCUCGUCUCCAUUGGAACAAUCUUUGCUAUCUACAGAAAGACCACAGAUGGGGAGCCAUUAGAGAAGGACUCUCUGCAGCCUGGAAGGAACAUCGUAGCAGCUGGUUACGCCCUGUAUGGCAGUGCCACCAUGAUGGUGCUCUCCACCGGUCAGGGAGUCAACUGCUUCAUGCUUGAUCCUGCAAUUGGUGAGUUCAUCCUGGUUGAUCGAGAUGUGAAGAUUAAGAAAAAGGGAAAAAUCUACAGUUUGAAUGAAGGAUAUGCACAGCAUUUUUAUCCAGAUGUCACAGAGUACCUACAAAAGAAGAAAUAUCCAGAGGACGGUUCGGCUCCAUAUGGCAGUCGAUAUGUCGGUUCAAUGGUGGCAGACGUCCAUCGUACUUUGGUGUAUGGAGGAAUCUUUUUAUAUCCUGCUAAUGUCAAGAGUCCUAAGGGCAAGCUGAGGCUGCUUUAUGAGUGCAACCCCAUGGCCUUCAUCAUGGAGCAGGCAGGAGGCAUGGCUACGACUGGAUCCACAAAUGUCUUGGACAUCCAGCCCACCAACAUCCACCAGAGAGUCCCUGUGGUCCUGGGGUCCCCUGAUGAUGUGCAGGAGUAUAUUUCCAUCUACAAGAAGCACAACAAAUGAGCAUCUCAAGCCUGGGGAUGAGCAACCAAAAUCAGGACUGACAACACAAUCAAGAGGCUCAGUCAGGACAUUCCUUCCUCCUUUUAUUCAUUCCUUCUGUUGCACUGAUGAACAAACCAGGAGCUUCACUGGAUCCAUCAACUCUGCCUCACACUGUGCUCCUUACAUCUUGCUGAAGUGUGUUAUUUGUAGAGAAUUACUCUGUAUUUUUUAAAUAAAGACAAAUGGAAAGAUGCUGUA